AUGCCGACCCCAGCUUUUGCCCUCCCCAGGUUCUACACCGCCUUUUUCCUGAUCAUCGAGCCUAUUUCUGCUCUGGUGGGAGCUUUCUAUGCACAUUUUCGACCAUUAGAAUACCUUCAGCUUACGCAUACUGGUUCUGCACCUUCGUGGGAGAGUACCAUACCCCUUUCCACGUCCAUCGUCCUCUCUCAACUCGCCAACCUAUAUCUCCUCUUUGCUAUAAAUGAGGCUCUGGUCCUACGAUCUACAUCCGACCUCCGUGUAUGGAAGACGGUCUUGUUUGGACUGUUACUGGCAGAUUUUGGGCAUCUGUAUAGUGUGAAGGGUUUGGGCGCCCAGAUAUAUUGGAAUGCGUUGAAGUGGAAUAGAAUGGAUUGGGGUAAUGUGGGAUUUGUCUAUGCCGGGGCAGCCAUGAGAAUGCUGUUCUUGGCUGGAUUUGGUAUGGAUACUGCCAGUGGGAGAGAUGCUGCUGAGAGAGCCGCUCGCAGGGCGAAUCUUGAGAAGUCCAAGUGA